AUGCCUCUCACGAAAGAUUUCCUGCACCCCUCUCCAGAAGAGGAGAAGCGGAAAUACAAGAAGAAGCGCCUGGUGCAGAGUCUGAACUGGUAUUUCAUGGACGUAAAGGGCUGUGGGUUCUAUAAAAUCACCACUGUCUUUAGCCACACACAAACAGUGACUCUCUGUGUGGGAUGCUCCACUGUGCUCUGUCAGCCUACUGGAGGAAGGGCAAGACUUACAGAAGGAUGCUCCUUCAGACGGAAGCAGGGCUAA